AUGAGUAAUAUAUAUUUUUAUCUUUUGUCGCUGUGCGGCCUGCUUUCGUAUUUUACUCCUGCUCUUGCGUUCUUGGUGCGUGUGUCAUCGCCGUUAGACUUCUCUACAGCUCGUCCUAUCCAGCGCUCAGAAUCGCGCAAUACACGUUUCCCUACCGUAUAUUCUUACGCUAUUGUAGGGGAUUUCGUUGAUGGCGAUCUCAGUGAAACGUUCACAGGGCCUCAUAUAGACUCUAAGGGUCAAAUCAUCAAUAAAAAGAAGAAGCUUUACUCCUACGGUUCACUCCGCCACGUCGACGACUUUUUCGAAGGCAAGUAUCAUGUGGAAUGGAUCGUGCGUGGAGUUAGUGAGAAGCUGCAAUUUCGGCGCCGUGAAUCCGGUUCGCCUCCGCUUCACACCAGCAGGUUCACCUUCGCUGGUAUUGGGGGUUUCCUUUUGCGUCUGUGGUUAGACGGUCUGCCGUCAUCUGAGCCAGGUCACCUCGCACUAUCUUUUCUUCAAAAGGAGCACUGGGCUACGCUAGACAGCCCUCUUUCCAUAUCAGUUGGCAAAUUCACCCGUGGUCCUUUUUUCUUCAGAUCCAGCCCUUACUUCGCUGCUCUGAAAUCUUUCUGCCCGCUUAAAGAGGCGGUAGAAGACAACGAACUGCACAUACGAGUAGGUCUGGCAACCCGUUGA